AGGAUUGGCUGAGGGUGCGCGAGCGCGGGCGGUGGCGCCGGGAUUUUCCUCAGGAUCCGCGCUAAGGCUGUCUUUGCCGGCCGGGUCGCAAGCUCAACGGUGCUAUGGCUGCGAUCACGGCGGUGAACUCCAAGGCAGAGGUGGCGCGGGCCCGGUCGGCCUGGGCCGUCAACAUAUGCGCCGCCCGAGGGCUGCAAGAUGUGCUACGUACCAACUUGGGGCCCAAGGGCACCAUGAAAAUGCUUAUUUCUGGUGCAGGUGACAUCAAACUCACCAAAGAUGGCAACGUACUGCUCCAUGAGAUGCAAAUUCAACACCCAACAGCUUCCUUGAUAGCAAAAGUAGCAACAGCCCAGGAUGACAUUACAGGAGAUGGUACUACUUCCAACGUUCUAAUUAUUGGAGAGUUACUAAAACAAGCUGAUCUUUACAUAUCUGAGGGCCUGCACCCUAGAAUAAUAGCUGAAGGAUUUGAAGCUGUGAAGAUAAAAGCACUUGAAGUUCUGGAAAAGGUUAAAAUUAACAAAGAGAUGAAAAGAGAAGUCCUCUUAGUUGUGGCUAGAACAUCUCUACAAACUAAAGUUCCUGCUGAAUUGGCUGAUGUGUUAACAGAGGCUGUGGUGGAUUCUGUUUUGGCUAUUAGAAGACCGGGUUAUCCUAUUGAUCUCUUCAUGAUAGAAAUCAUGGAGAUGAAGCAUAAAUCAGAAACAGAUACAAAAGAGGUGAGCUCUGGUUUCUUUUAUAAGUCUGCUGAAGAGAAAGAGAAACUGGUAAAAGCUGAAAGAAAAUUUAUUGAAGAUCGAGUACAAAAAAUAAUAGACCUGAAAGACAAAGUCUGUGCUCAGUCCAGUAAAGGAUUUGUUGUCAUUAAUCAAAAGGGAAUUGAUCCAUUUCUUGCAAAACAUGGCAUAGUAGCUCUUCGCAGGGCAAAAAGAAGAAAUAUGGAAAGACUCUCUCUUGCUUGUGGUGGAAUGGCUGUGAAUUCUCUUGAAGACCUCAGUAUACAUUGUUUGGGGCAUGCUGGUCUUGUACAUGAGUGUACAUUAGGUGAAGAAAAGUUCACUUUUAUCGAGGCCUGUGUUAACCCUCGUUCUGUCACCUUGUUGGUUAAAGGACCAAAUAAGCAUACUCUCACACAAAUCAAGGAUGCUCUAAGGGAUGGACUUCGUGCCAUCAAAAAUGCCAUUGAAGAUGGUUGUGUGGUUCCAGGAGCAGGUGCAGUUGAAGUGGCAAUAGCUGAAGCUCUUGUUAAUUACAAGCAUAGUGUAAAAGGAAGAGCUCGUCUUGGAGUACAAGCUUUUGCUAAUGCCUUACUCAUUAUUCCUAAGGUUCUUGCUCAGAAUUCUGGUUAUGACCUGCAGGAAACUCUAGUAAAAGUUCAGGCUGAACAUUCAGAAUCAAAACAACCUGUUGGCAUAGACUUGAAUACAGGUGAGCCAAUGUUAGCAGCUGAUGCAGGAGUUUGGGAUAACUAUUGUGUGAAAAAACAACUUCUUCACUCUUGCACAGUGAUUGCCACCAACAUUCUCCUGGUUGAUGAAAUUAUGCGAGCUGGUAUGUCUUCUCUUAAAGGGUGAUUGAGUUCAAAACCAACUCUUCUGGAAGCUGAGAUUUAGUAUACCUUAUAUCCAACUACUGUUAUAUACUGAGCCAUUCUCAAGUUUUGCACAAUAAAUCCAGUUUAUAUUUGUUGG